ACAUGUGCUGCUCGCUCGUAUCGUCUCAUAGUCAUAUCUCAUUUUCACAUGCUGGAAUUGUACAAUUUUCUAUCCUUUCUUCAUCCGCAUUCCUCUGUUAUAAAUUAAUUAAUUAAUAUCUAAAGCAUCAUCAUGGAGGAAAUAGAGGAAAGGACAAGUAUUCGGCAAGAACUGUCAAAUCUAACCUUUGAGGAAUUAGAAGAACUGAAGCAGAAGAUGGGCUUAACUUUGUACAAUGAAGCAAUGUUUGGAACGACGACUAAAAAACAAUUAAGCAAAAAGAAACAGAUGCAGCUAUUUAAAAGAGAAAACAAAAAUAGGCCCCGAGAGAUAUCUUCAAGAUCUCGUGCUCCUCCCGUUCGUGAAGUCGUUCACGUCAAGAAAGUGGUCAAAAGAGAUCCAAGGUUCGACGAAUCAUGUGGAGAACUUAAUACAGAGAUGUGGGACAAGAAUUACGAUUUUCUGAAAAACAUGCAAAAGGAAGAAGUCCAAGAGUUAAAAAAGUCGCUGAAGGAUGAGCAUUAUGAUGAAGAUAAGAGGGUAGAAGUAAAAAAGUAUAUUCAGACAUUUAAGAACAAGGAAAAAUCUAAAGCAGAGAACGACAAGGAGAAACAAAAACGGAAACUAGAGAAAGAGGAAAAUAUUAAACGCAUGGCACAAGGCAAAAACCCGUUCUACAUGAAAAAAUCAACACGAAAGUUCCUAGAUUUGGCAGAAAAAUAUGAAGAACUUAAGGCAAGUGGUAAGCUGGAAACAUACUUGAAAAAGAAACGAAAGAAGAAUCAGACACGUGAUAAAAAAACUAUUCCUACUGUAUAGAGUUAUAUUUAUAGUUAUAUUUAUUAGAGUUAUAUUUUUAUUUUUACCUUAAUCAUUUAAUAAAUAACAGUUAAGUUCAAAGAUGA